AUGUCACAUAGUCCAAGCAGUCCAAUUGUCCGUCCGCAGGAGGAUCACGAAGGCCUCCAAGUCGUCCCCGACGACGGUCUGCAAACCCCAGACCCAGAAGAAUCCCCCACAGCCAAAGAUCUUAAAUUCCAACCAUAUUCCGCUGGAUCCGCCUAUGGCGGCACCUUAAACGUUCGCGAACCUGGUUACGACGCCCCACCAGUCCCGGAAUCGCCCCCUCCAGCUUUUCAUCUCAUAAACGAAUAUAAAUUGGGUCAUAACAAUACGUUACCUGUUGAAGAUACGCCUCCGCCACAGACCAUCAAAAAGAAACGAGUGUGCGGAUUGAAGAAGAGAACAUUCUGGCUGUUGAUAAUAUUGUUACUGAUCGCGAUCAUUGCAUUGGCCGUCGGUCUAGGUGUAGGACUCAGUGGGUCUAAAUCAUCGACCUCUUCUAGCCCCUCAAAUUCUAGCUCCUCAACCGAGUCUACAACUGCCACAGGCACAUCCUCCGCUGCACCAUCUGCCUCUUCUCCGAUCGGUCAGACAUGCGUCAAAGGUACAGGACCGGGAAAUUAUCUCGGUCUCUGUGACUUCUCCUGUAAUUUCGGCUAUUGUCCCUCUCCCUGUUCCUGCGUCCAGUUUUCCUCAACCGCAGUUCCACCGCCUCCUAUCUCAAACACACCUGGAUUCCCACUACCAGGACUAAAUGCAGAUUACUCCGGCUUGUGUAGUUUUACUUGCAAUCAUGGAUAUUGUCCUGACGGAGCUUGUACCACGGAUUCUUCGGCUGCCGCUGGAAAUUCAUCUUCGAGUGCGUUAUCGACGUCAAGUUCGACAUCUUCAACACUGCCGACUUCGAGCCUGGCGCAGUUGACGUUGACAGCGCCAACAAGUACGGUGGUUGUUACUUUGCAGGGCUCGCAGACUAGUACGGUGGUUGUAGUACCAACUUUGACUGGCUAG